AUGAGGGGCCGACGGGGCAGGCCGCCCAAGCAGCCCGCGGCUCCCGCUGCGGAGCGCUGCACCCCGGCUCCGCCGCCGCCGCCGCCGCCUCCGCCCACGUCCGGACCCAUCGGGGGGCUCCGCUCGCGGCACCGCGGCAGCAGCCGGGGCAGGUGGGCCGCCGCCCAGGCUGAGGUGGCGCCCAAGACGCGGCUGAGCUCGCCCAGGGGGGGCAGCAGUAGCCGGAGGAAGCCGCCGCCGCCGCCGCCGCCGCCGCCGCCGCCGGCCCCCCCCAGCACCAGCGCCCCGGGCCGGGGGGGGCGAGGAGGCGGGGGCGGCAGGACGGGGGGCGGGGGCGGCGGCGGCCACCUGGCCCGGACCACCCCGGCCCGGAGGGCCGUCAACAAAGUGGUGUACGAUGACCACGAGAGCGAGGAGGAGGAGGAGGAGGAGGAGGACAUGGUCUCCGAGGAGGAGGAGGAGGAGGAGGAGGACGGCGACGCCGAGGAGACCCAAGAUUCCGAGGACGACGAGGAGGAUGAGAUGGAGGAGGACGACGAUGAUUCCGAUUAUCCGGAGGAGAUGGAAGACGACGACGACGACGCCAGUUACUGCACGGAAAGCAGCUUCAGGAGCCAUAGCACCUAUAGCAGCACUCCAGGUAGGCGAAAACCAAGAGUACAUCGGCCUCGUUCUCCGAUAUUGGAAGAAAAAGACAUCCCACCCCUUGAAUUUCCCAAGUCCUCUGAGGAUUUAAUGGUGCCUAAUGAGCAUAUAAUGAAUGUUAUUGCCAUUUAUGAGGUACUGCGGAACUUUGGCACUGUUUUAAGGUUAUCUCCUUUUCGCUUUGAGGACUUUUGUGCAGCUCUGGUGAGUCAAGAGCAGUGCACACUUAUGGCAGAGAUGCACGUUGUGCUUUUGAAAGCAGUUUUGCGUGAAGAAGACACUUCGAAUACUACCUUUGGACCUGCUGAUCUGAAAGAUAGCGUUAAUUCCACGCUGUAUUUCAUAGAUGGGAUGACGUGGCCAGAGGUGCUGCGGGUGUACUGUGAGAGUGAUAAGGAGUACCAUCAUGUUCUUCCUUACCAAGAAGCAGAGGACUAUCCCUAUGGACCAGUAGAGAACAAAAUCAAAGUUCUGCAGUUCUUAGUCGAUCAGUUUCUUACCACAAAUAUUGCUCGUGAGGAAUUGAUGUCUGAAGGGGUGAUCCAAUAUGAUGACCAUUGUCGGGUUUGUCACAAACUUGGGGAUUUGCUUUGCUGUGAGACAUGUUCAGCAGUAUACCAUUUGGAAUGUGUGAAACCACCUCUUGAGGAGGUACCAGAGGAUGAAUGGCAGUGUGAAGUCUGUGUAGCACAUAAGGUGCCUGGUGUGACUGACUGUGUUGCUGAAAUCCAAAAAAACAAACCAUAUAUUCGACAUGAACCUAUUGGAUAUGACAGGAGUCGGAGGAAAUACUGGUUCUUAAACCGAAGACUCAUAAUAGAAGAAGAUACAGAAAAUGAAAAUGAGAAGAAAAUUUGGUACUACAGCACAAAGGUCCAACUUGCAGAAUUAAUUGACUGUCUAGAUAAAGAUUACUGGGAAGCAGAACUCUGCAAAAUUCUGGAAGAAAUGCGUGAAGAAAUCCACCGGCACAUGGACAUAACUGAAGACUUGACCAAUAAGGCUCGGGGCAGUAACAAAUCCUUUCUGGCGGCAGCUAAUGAAGAAAUUUUGGAAUCCAUAAGAGCCAAAAAAGGAGAAAUUGAUAUUGUUAAAAGCCCAGAAGAAAUAGAAAAGGACAAGAGUGAGACCGAGAAUAAUAACCCCAAAGAUGUUGAGAAAAGCAGAGAGGAGUUUGAAGACCAGUCCCUCGAUAAAGACAGCGACGACAAAACACCGGGUGAUGAUCCUGAGCAAGGAAAAUCUGAGGAGCCAACAGAAGUUGGGGAUAAAGGUAACUCUGUGUCAGCAAAUCUUGGCGACAACACAACAAAUGCUUCUUCAGAAGAGACUAGUCCCUCUGAAGGGAGGAGUCCCGUGGGGUGUCUCUCAGAAACCCACGAUAGCAGCAACAUGGCAGAGAAGAAGGUGGCAUCUGAGCUCCCCCAGGAUGUGCCAGAAGAACCUAACAAGACAUGUGACAGCAGUAACACUAGUGCUCCCACUACCUCCAUCCAGCCUAAUCUGGAAAACAGUAACAGCAGCAGUGAACUAGCUUCUUCCCAGAGUGAACCCGCUAAGGCAGCCGAUGAGCCUGAAAACGGAGAGAGAGAGUCUCACACACCUGUCUCUGUUCAAGAAGAGAUAGGUGAUUUCAAAUCAGAGAAGUCUAAUGGGGAAAUAAGUGAGUCUCCUGGAGCCGGAAGAGGGGCAUCUGGGUCAACUCGAAUUAUCACCAGAUUACGGAAUCCAGACAGCAAACUUAGCCAGCUGAAGAGCCAACAGGUGGCAGCUGCAGCCCAUGAAGCAAAUAAAUUAUUUAAGGAGGGCAAAGAGGUACUGGUAGUUAACUCUCAAGGAGAAAUUUCACGGUUGAGCACCAAAAAGGAAGUGGUCAUGAAAGGAAAUAUCAACAAUUAUUUUAAGUUGGGUCAAGAAGGGAAGUAUCGUGUCUACCACAAUCAGUACUCCACCAACUCAUUUGCUUUGAAUAAACACCAGCACAGAGAAGAUCAUGAUAAGAGAAGACAUCUUGCACAUAAAUUCUGUCUGACUCCAGCAGGAGAGUUCAAAUGGAACGGUUCUGUCCACGGGUCCAAGGUUCUUACCAUAUCUACUUUGAGACUGACUAUCACCCAACUAGAAAACAAUAUCCCUUCAUCCUUUCUUCAUCCAAACUGGGCUUCACACAGGGCAAAUUGGAUCAAAGCAGUUCAGAUGUGUAGCAAACCCAGAGAAUUUGCACUGGCUUUAGCAAUUUUGGAGUGUGCCGUCAAACCUGUUGUGAUGCUACCAAUAUGGCGAGAAUCUUUAGGACACACCAGGUUACACAGGAUGACAUCAAUUGAAAGAGAAGAAAAGGAGAAAGUCAAGAAAAAAGAGAAAAAACAAGAAGAGGAAGAAACAAUGCAACAGGCUACAUGGGUAAAAUACACGUUUCCAGUUAAACAUCAGGUUUGGAAACAAAAAGGAGAGGAAUACAGAGUAACAGGAUAUGGUGGUUGGAGCUGGAUUAGUAAAACUCACGUUUAUAGGUUUGUUCCUAAAUUGCCAGGCAAUACUAAUGUGAAUUACAGAAAGUCAUUAGAAGGAACCAAAAAUAAUAUGGAUGAAAAUAUGGAUGAGUCAGAUAGAAGAAAAAGUCCACGGAGUCCAAAAAAAAUAAAAACAGAGCCUGAUUCUGAGAAAGCCGAGGUAAAAGAUUCAGAUGCUGCCAAAGGAGCAGACCAAAGUGAAAUGGACGUUUCCAAGAUUACUGAGAAGAAGGACCAAGAUGUACAAGAAAUUUUAGAUUCUGACAAUGAGAAACCCUUUAAGGAAGAACCAAUGGAGAUAGAUGAUGAUGUGAAAACAGAGCCACGUAUUAACUGUCAGGAAGGUUCUCAAGUAGAUGUGGUUAAUGUCAGUGAGGGCUUCCAUCUAAGGACUAGUUAUAAAAAGAAAAUUAAGUCAUCCAAACUAGAUGGACUUCUUGAAAGGAGAAUUAAACAGUUUACACUGGAAGAAAAACAGCGCCUCGAGAAAAUGAAGUUGGAGGGUGGAAUUAAGGGUAUAGGAAAGACCUCUACAAGUUCUUUGAAAAGCCUUUCUGAGUCACCAGUAACAACGAAAGCAAAAGAAGGGUGUCAAAGUGACUCACUUAGACAAGAACAAAGCCCUAAUGCAAGUAAUGGUAAAUCUGAAGAUGUGAUUCGGGGAUGUUCACAAAGCGAUUCCUCAAUUCUUGGAAUCGGUGAUCCUGAUCAUACAACAGACAGUCUUUAUCCAAAAGAUCAAAUGUUAGAUGACAUCUCCUUUCAGAGUCCAGAGACAAACUGUCAGAAACAAAAUUCUGUUGGAAAUGCCAUAGAUGAGAGUCUCUCUGAACCUACCAGUCAAGGCCAGGAACCUGUUAAGAUUAAAACAAGAGGAAGUGACUUUCUCAUUGGUGACUCCAAACCAGCCAGUGCAGAUGAAAUUGGUACUUUGAUCUAUAAGAACAAAAAACCACUCAUACAGGAGGAUAAUGACACCAUUGUUUCUCCUUCCCAGAGCCCUUCACUUCCAUCGGUACCUAAAAGUACCGAUGAUAGAGAUCUCCCGUCUCUGUCAAAAGCAGUGGACUUUGAAGGAAAACUAGGUUGUGUCUCUGAAUAUAACAGCACUUUGGAAAAUAGUUCUGAUACUAUGUCUGUUCAGGACAGCAGUGAAGAAGAUAUGAUUGUUCAGAAUAGCAAUGAAAGUCUUUCUGAGCAGUUCAUAACUCAAGAACAAGGUAUCGAAGGCUUGGAACCAUUGAAACGGGAGUUUGUUCCAGAUAAGUCCACUGGAAACUAUGAUAAAAGACCACAGGGUAAGGUAACUGAAGCAAAUGGUAGAAAGCCAAGUCAAGAACAGAAAUUAGAGAGAUCAGUUAAUAAAUGUAUUGAUCAAGUCAAUCUAAAAAGUAGCACUGACAAAAAGAAUAAUGAAAAUCGAGAGUCUGAAAAGAAAGGACAGAAAGCAAGUACCUUUCAAAUAAAUGGAAAAGAUAAUAAACCCAAGUCAUAUUUAAAAGGGGAAUGCUUGAAGGAAAUCUCUGAGGGUAAAGUAGUAAGUGGUGACAUUGAACCAAAGCUUAAUAAUAUAAAUAAGAUAAUCCCUGAAAAUGAUAUUAAGUCUUUGACUGCUAAAGAAUCUGCUGUAAAGCCAUUCAUGAACGGUGAUGUCAUCAUGGAAGAUUUUAAUGAAAAAAACAACUUGGAAAUAAAGUCAUCUUUACUGAGAUCUUCAGAUGCUGAAGGCGACUACCAAGAUGGCCUAGAGACCGUGCCGUCAACCAGAGAGCCUGAGAGUGCACACGCUGCCAUGCCUCCACUGUCUUGUCCAGAAAGCAGUUCAGCGAAUCAGGUAGAAGAUAUGGAAAUUGAAACCUCUGAAGUUAAGAAAGUUACUCCCUCACCUGUUCCUUCUGGAGAGGAAUCUAACCUCAGUAAUGAUUUUGUUGAUGAAAAUGGUCUGCCCGCCCACAAAGAUGAAAAUGUCAAUGGAGAGUCCAAGAGAAAAACAGUCAUCACAGAAGUCACCACCAUGACAUCCACAGUGGCCACAGAAUCAAAAACUGUAAUCAAAGUAGCAAAAGGUGAUAAGCAAACUGUGGUCUCUUCCACAGAAAACUGUGCCAAAUCCACUGUCACAACCACCACUACAACAGUAACAAAGCUUUCCACACCCGCCACAGGCAGCAGUGUGGACAUCAUCUCUGUGAAGGAGCAGAGCAAAACGGUGGUCACCACAACAGUGACAGACUCGCUGACCACUGCAGGGGGCACUCUGGUGACAUCGAUGACCGUGAGCAAAGAAUAUUCCACAAGAGACAAAGUGAAACUCAUGAAAUUUUCAAGACCCAAGAAGACUCGUUCAGGUACAGCUCUGCCAUCCUAUAGAAAGUUUAUCACCAAGAGCAGCAAGAAGAGCAUAUUUGUCUUGCCUAAUGAUGACUUAAAAAAGUUGGCCAGAAAAGGAGGAAUCCGAGAAGUCCCUUAUUUUAAUUACAAUGCAAAACCUGCCUUGGAUAUAUGGCCAUAUCCUUCUCCUCGACCAACCUUUGGUAUCACUUGGAGGUACAGACUUCAGACUGUAAAGUCCCUAGCUGGAGUGAGCCUUAUGUUACGGUUACUGUGGGCAAGCCUGAGAUGGGAUGACAUGGCGGCCAAGGCUCCUCCGGGAGGAGGGACUACACGGACAGAAACAUCUGAAACUGAAAUCACAACAACAGAGAUAAUUAAAAGGCGAGAUGUUGGUCCUUAUGGCAUUCGAUCUGAAUAUUGUAUCCGGAAAAUCAUUUGCCCCAUUGGAGUUCCAGAAGCACCAAAAGAAACACCUACACCUCAGAGGAAAGGCCUUCGAUCAAGUGCAUUACGGCCAAAGAGACCAGAAACGCCCAAGCAAACUGGCCCUGUUAUUAUCGAAACUUGGGUAGCAGAGGAAGAAUUGGAAUUAUGGGAGAUCAGGGCGUUUGCUGAAAGAGUGGAGAAAGAAAAGGCACAAGCAGUUGAGCAACAGGCUAAGAAACGAUUGGAACAGCAGAAGCCUACAGUAAUUGCAGCUUCCACCACUUCCCCACCAAACAGUACAACUAGUACCAUUUCUCCAGCACAAAAAGUUAUGGUGGCCCCCAUAAGUGGCUCAGUUACAACUGGAACCAAAAUGGUUCUCACUACUAAAGUUGGAUCUCCAGCCACAGUAACAUUCCAGCAAAACAAGAACUUCCAUCAGACCUUUGCCACGUGGGUUAAGCAAGGCCAGUCAAAUUCAGGUGUUGUUCAAGUACAGCAGAAAGUCCUGGGUAUCAUUCCAUCAAGUACAGGUACAAGUCAGCAGACCUUUACUUCAUUCCAGCCCAGGACAGCAACAGUCACAAUUAGGCCCAAUACCUCAGGCUCUGGAGGAACCACAAGCACUUCACAAGUAAUCACAGGGCCUCAGAUCCGCCCGGGUAUGACGGUGAUUAGAACACCACUCCAACAGUCAACACUAGGAAAGGCGAUUAUUCGAACACCUGUGAUGGUACAGCCAGGUGCUCCUCAACAAGUGGUGACUCAGAUCAUUAGAGGGCAGCCCGUCUCCACCGCAAUCUCUGCCCCGAGUGCAGUUUCCUCAACCCCUGGGCAGAAAGGAUUAACUUCGGGAGCAUCCAGCACAAAUCUGCAGUCUUCAGCCUCACAGUCCCCUCGCCCCCAACAGGGACAGGUGAAGCUUACCAUGGCUCAGCUCACUCAGUUAACACAGGGUCACGGUGGCAAUCAAGGUUUGACAGUAGUAAUUCAAGGACAAGGUCAAACGACUGGACAGUUGCAGUUGAUACCUCAAGGGGUGACCAUACUUCCGGGUCCAGGCCAGCAGCUGAUGCAAGCUGCCAUGCCAAACGGUACCGUUCAGCGGUUCCUCUUUACGCCUUUGGCAACAACGGCCACAGCAGCCAGCACCACCACCACCACCGUUUCCACUACAGCAGCAGGUACAAGUGAACAAAGACAGAGUAAAUUAUCACCCCCGACACAGGUGCAACAAGCCAAAACCUUGCCACCAGCUCAGUCAUCAAGUGUGAGUCCUCCAGAAGCCCAGCCACAGACUGCUCAGCCUUCAGCUCAGCCCCAGCCCCAAACCCAGCCCCCGUCCCCAGCUCAGCCUGAAGUUCAGACUCAAGCUGAAGUUCAGACCCAAACAACUGUUGCAUCCCAUGUCCCUUCUGAAGCACAGCCCACCCAAGCACAGUCAUCCAAACCCCAAGUCGCAGUACAGUGUCAGCCUCAAAGUAAUGUCCAAGGACAGUCUCCUGCUCGCGUCCAAAGUCCACCACAGACUCGAAUACGUCCAUCGACUCCAUCCCAAGUGUCUCCUGGACAGCAAUCCCAGGGUCAGACUACAACCUCACAACCGAUUCCAAUUCAACCACAUACAUCUCUUCAGAUACCUUCCCAGGGCCAGCCACAAUCACAACCCCAGGUACAGUCUCCAACUCAAACUCUUUCAUCAGGACAGACGUUAAGUCAAGUUACUGUGUCAUCCCCAUCCCGUCCUCAGCUACAGAUACAGCAGCCACAGCCCCAAGUCAUUGCUGUGCCUCAGCUGCAACAAGUCCAGGUUCUCUCUCAGAUCCAGUCGCAGGUUGUGGCUCAGAUACAGGCUCAGCAAGGUGGUGUGCCCCAGCAAAUCAAACUCCAGUUACCUAUUCAAAUUCAGCAAAGCAGUCCUGUACAGACUCACCAGAUUCAGAAUGUGGUUACAGUGCAGGCAGCCAGUGUGCAAGAGCAGUUGCAAAGGGUUCAGCAACUCAGGGAUCAGCAGCAAAAGAAGAAGCAGCAACAGAUAGAAAUUAAGCGGGAACACACCCUCCAAGCUUCUAAUCAAAGUGAAAUCAUUCAGAAACAGGUGGUGAUGAAGCAUAAUGCUGUAAUAGAACAUUUAAAGCAGAAAAAGACCAUGACUCCAGCUGAAAGAGAAGAGAAUCAAAGAAUGAUUGUCUGUAACCAGGUGAUGAAGUAUAUUUUGGAUAAGAUAGACAAAGAAGAAAAACAGGCAGCAAAAAAACGGAAGCGUGAAGAGAGUGUGGAACAGAAACGUAGCAAGCAGAAUGCCACCAAGCUCUCCGCGCUGCUCUUCAAACACAAAGAACAACUCAAAGCUGAAAUCCUAAAAAAGAGAGCGCUCCUGGACAAAGACCUACAGAUUGAAGUGCAGGAAGAGCUCAAGAGAGACUUGAAAAUUAAGAAAGAAAAAGACAUGGUGCAGGCCACUGCAGUGGCGGCCACCUCGCCUGCAGCCCCGCCUGCGCCUCCAGCCCCUCCGCCGUCACCCCCGCCUCUGCCUCCCCCGCAGCACACAGGCCCCCUGGCCACGGCCACGGCCACGCUGCCUGCGGCUUCCCAGAAGAGGAAGCGAGAAGAAGAAAGAGACUCAAGCUCCAAGUCCAAGAAGAAGAAAAUGAUCUCUACUACCUCAAAGGAAACUAAGAAGGACACAAAGCUUUACUGUAUCUGUAAAACGCCUUACGAUGAAUCUAAAUUUUAUAUUGGCUGUGAUCGGUGUCAGAAUUGGUACCAUGGGCGCUGCGUUGGCAUCUUGCAAAGUGAGGCAGAGCUCAUUGACGAGUAUGUCUGUCCACAGUGCCAGUCGACAGAGGAUGCCAUGACAGUGCUCACGCCGCUAACGGAGAAAGAUUAUGAGGGUUUAAAAAGGGUGCUUCGUUCUUUACAGGCCCAUAAGAUGGCCUGGCCUUUCCUUGAACCAGUGGAUCCUAAUGAUGCACCAGAUUAUUACGGUGUUAUUAAGGAACCUAUGGACCUUGCCACCAUGGAAGAAAGAGUUCAAAGACGAUAUUAUGAAAAGCUGACAGAAUUUGUGGCAGAUAUGACCAAAAUUUUUGAUAACUGUCGUUACUACAAUCCGAGUGACUCGCCUUUUUACCAGUGUGCAGAAGUUCUUGAGUCCUUCUUUGUACAGAAAUUGAAAGGGUUCAAGGCUAGCAGGUCUCAUAACAACAAACUGCAGUCUACAGCUUCUUAAAGUUCAGCGUGUUAACCUAACAUAAAACACAGCAAGAAUCUGGUUGUCUGAACUAUUUUAAAUUAAGGAGCCAGAUGUUUUUAGUCAGGUUAUCCUGACAAGACUUGACCUAAACUUCGUUUUUAUUGGUCAUAACAGUCCAAUUAUAUUCUUGGCCAAUUUUGUCCAACGGACAAGGGAAAAGCAAAGUCAACGUCACCAUUAUCUUGUCAAGAUCAAAUGGUUUUACUCUUGUGGCAGAAGCGGGAAAACUGUUUAUUGAAAAAAAAAAAAGAAAAAAGAAAGCAAGAAAAAAAAGAUAAUAUGGGGUCAAGUGUAACUCCAUGGAAAUGCCACGUCUGCUCUUCAGUGAAGAAGCUGGUUUAGAGUCUCACAGAAAACUUUUGACUGUAUUUAUUUAUUGUUGCAAAAAAGACGCUUUUUUAUUGCUGCCCUCAUUUGUCAGCUAAUUAUUUUUUCUUAUAAAAUCCAGCCCCGGUUACAUGUAAUCCAUUCUGUAUCUUAUCAUGAUUCCUGUAGGUAAAAGUACAAGACGACCUCUAGAUGUCUUUUCUUUCUAUGAAAGGAGCUGCUAUGUACACAUGUGCACACACACACACACACACAUACACACAACUGGGAAUCAACAAUGAGUUUAUUGUUCAUGGUAGAUAAAAAUUAAGCUUGCAUAAAGGUUGGGCUAAGUAGUCCUGGACUACAGACUUUGUUGCCUUGAAUAUAACAGUACAGUUUGUCAUUUACUCUGCACCAGGCUAAACUGAGUAAAAUCUAUUUGAAGGUAUCUUGUUUGUAAACAUUUGUCAGAUUCUAAUUUUUUUCUUUUUGUAUUAAAAUUCAACUAUGGAUGUAUAUGAAACAAAAUAAAUGGAGAUCAUUUUUCUCCCACAGAUGGUGUCUUUGAAUGUGCGCUAAUGAUUAUCUGUAAGCCUUUGAGGGGAAAGGGAGGGCUGCAAGGCAAAUAACAGGCUGAAGGAUUUAAGUGUACCUGGGUUUCCUGAGGACAGUAGUGGCCCUUCAUUUUAUAAUUCCCAGCCCACUGUCAUCACAUCAAAGAAGAACCUUCAGGGGGUGCUAAUCCUGUUGCAUCAAUUGAUCAUACUAAAGGGUAAUGUGGCAAAAUACACAUUGCCUUCAUCUGUACAGUAUAUAAUACCAGGCAAAUUAUCAGUUACAGACAGCUGCUUCUGUUUUAUGAAGGGCAUUUUUUAAAUUACUUCAUCCAUUUUGUAUUUUUUGUUGGUUGGCUGAGUUGUUUGGGGGUUUUUCCCACAUAAGAAAAAGUAGUGUAAGCAGUAGGGGCAAAAUGGAGUCAGCAGAAGGUGUAUUUUGCAUGUUUUUCCUUUCGGUGUUCUAAACUUACACGUUGUUUGUAAACUUACCGCCUUGUGAUAACAGCUUCUGUGAGAUCUGCCAUAGUUGGUUUAUGCAGCUUUGCAAAAAUUUUACUAGAUUUUGCACUAAUUCAUGUUAGCUUUGUCCUGCCAGUUUCUGGAAUUUGUCAAAUCAUGUUUUUAAGAAGUUUCCUUCUGUUUAAUAUCACCCUGCUAUGCAAAACCUUUCCCGGACCUUAGUUUCUUAAAAGAAAGAUGUUGCUCCAGUUCCCAGUUCUUCCUUAUCACAGACUCAGGUGUGCAGGUUAUUCUGGGUUAGUUUUAGCUCAUGAAGUCCAUUCCUUUCUGUACCUAAAAAUGUCACUUACAAACCUGUGCUUACAAACUUAAAGAGACUAAUUGCUCAAUAUGAAAACAUGGAAACAAAGUUUUGCUUAAAAUACUAACAUGGAAAUAGUCAAAUACAGGUUAUUUUGUCCUUUUACUUUAAAAAAAAAUGUUACCUAUUGUAUGCACUGUGCUGAUGCAAGAAUCCUACAUUUUAAUGAAUUAUAAAAUCAUUCUGCAUCUCGUCAUGUCACAGUAUUUCUGUACUAUUUAUUCAUAUAUAUAGAGAGAGAGAUAGAUAUAUAUGGGCUUAAUCAUUUAAAACUUGUUGCGGCAAGAACUUUCCUACCUGUAGGCAAUAGAUUGCUAUGUUUUUAACAGAUUGUGGCAAAUUCUAAACAGCAAUUCUUUUUGUACGUAAUAGGACAUUUCAUCCUAGAAAAAUAAAGUAAUGUUUUUGACAUUG